GCUUUUCAAGUUAGCUUUGCACGAGCUUUGCUCAACUCUUUUUGCCACUCGAUGCCUUUAUAAUAGUGUAGCUGUUGCUGAGUCAGCCAGCAAGAGGUGGGAAAUUCGGGCUGAUCUAAUAGAUGGUGUUGCAGAUGGCUGCUCUGAGGUUUGUUAAGUGUAGAAAAACAGUCUUGAAAAUGUUGUCCAGACUCUUUCGAAUGCAUGGCCUUUUUGUAGCCUCUCAUCCAUGGGAGGUCAUUGUGGGAACAGUGACUCUCACAAUCUGUAUGAUGUCCAUGAAGAUGUUCACUGGGAAUGAUAAGAUCUGUGGCUGGAAUUAUGAGUGCCCAAAACUUGAAGAAGAUGUUCUGAGCAGUGACAUCAUCAUCUUGACAAUCACGCGCUGUAUUGCAAUCCUUUAUAUAUAUUUCCAGUUUCAGAACCUAAGGCAGCUUGGGUCAAAAUACAUUCUAGGUAUUGCUGGCCUCUUCACAAUCUUCUCAAGUUUUGUUUUUAGUACAGUGGUAAUUCACUUUUUGGAUAAAGAACUGACGGGUUUAAAUGAGGCUUUACCAUUCUUUCUGCUUCUGAUUGAUCUGUCAAGAGCAAGUGCAUUAGCAAAAUUUGCACUUAGUUCCAACUCACAGGAUGAAGUGAGAGAAAAUAUUUCACGUGGAAUGGCAAUUUUGGGUCCUACAUUUACACUGGAUGCACUUGUGGAGUGUCUUGUGAUCGGUGUUGGCACUAUGUCAGGUGUACGACAACUGGAAAUUAUGUGCUGCUUUGGCUGUAUGUCUGUUCUUGCCAACUACUUUGUUUUCAUGACCUUCUUUCCAGCUUGUGUGUCCUUGGUAUUAGAGCUCUCCCGGGAGAGUCGUGAAGGGCGCCCUAUAUGGCAGCUGAGCCAUUUUGCUCGUGUUCUGGAGGAAGAGGAAAAUAAACCAAAUCCUGUAACACAGAGGGUCAAAAUGAUUAUGUCAUUGGGUUUGGUUCUUGUUCACGCCCACAGCCGUUGGAUAGCGGAACCAGCUGUGCAGAACAGCACUGCGGAAAGUUCAGUGGGACUGGAUGAGAACGCACCAAAGAGAAUUGAACCCAAUGUGUCCCUGUGGCAGUUCUACCUCUCUCGAAUGGCCAGUAUGGAUAUUGAACAAGUAAUCACUCUUGGAUUAGCCCUUCUUCUUGCUGUCAAAUAUAUUUUCUUUGAGCAAGCGGAGACUGAAUCCACGCUCUCACUGAAGAAUCCCAUAACAUCUCCAGUGAUGGUCCAGAAAAAGGUUCCAGAGAACUGUUGCAGGAAGCAGUCUGGACUUGUGAAGAACAAUCAGAAAUCUAAUACAGCAGAAGAAGCUUUAGUUCCUAAAGAUGGAAAUGAUGAAGUCAUAAAACCUGUACUAGCAGAGUCUUCAACGAAGGCUACAUUUGCAGUUGGCAGCUGCUGCAGCCCUGCGGAAAUGUCUGCUUUUCCCAGUGGAAAAGAGGAAGAAAUUGAGUUACCUAAAGAACCACGUUCUAUUGAGGAAUGCGUUCGUAUACUUGGAAAUGCAGAGAAAGGAGCAAAAUUUCUUAGUGAUGCAGAAGUUAUCAGCUUAGUUAAUGCUAAGCACAUUCCUGCAUAUAAACUGGAAACCCUGAUGGAAACUCAGGAGCGAGGUGUGUCCAUUCGCAGACAGAUAUUAUCUAAGAAACUCCCUGAACCUUCAUCUUUGCAAUAUCUUCCUUACAGGAAUUACAAUUAUUCUUUGGUUAUGGGAGCUUGCUGUGAAAAUGUGAUUGGAUACAUGCCUAUUCCUGUAGGCGUAGCAGGGCCACUGUUGUUGGAUAGCAAAGAAUUUCAGGUGCCAAUGGCAACCACAGAAGGAUGUCUGGUAGCAAGCACAAACAGAGGAUGUAGAGCAAUAUGUCUUGGUGGAGGAGCAAGUAGCCGUAUUCUGGCAGAUGGGAUGACUCGAGGACCUGUUGUAAGGCUGCCCACUGCUUGCCAGGCUGCAGAAGUGAAAGUUUGGCUUGAAAGCCCUGAAGGCUUUAAAAUCAUGAAGGAAGCUUUUGACAGCACAAGUAGGUUUGCCCGCCUCCAGAAACUUCUUAUCAGUUUGGCUGGUCGUAACCUCUACAUCCGUUUUCAGUCUGGGACAGGGGAUGCCAUGGGAAUGAACAUGAUUUCAAAAGGUACUGAAAAAGCACUGGCAAGGUUGAAUGAAGAGUUUCCUGAUCUCCAGGUUAUAGCUAUUAGUGGUAACUACUGUACUGAUAAAAAACCCGCUGCUAUAAACUGGAUAGAAGGAAGAGGAAAGUCUGUUGUCUGUGAAGCAAUCAUUCCAGCCAAGGUUGUUAGAGAAGUAUUGAAGACAACUACUGAAGAUCUAGUUGAAGUCAAUAUAAACAAAAAUCUGGUGGGUUCUGCGAUGGCUGGUAGCAUAGGUGGCUACAAUGCACAUGCAGCAAACAUUGUAACAGCUAUCUACAUUGCCUGUGGUCAGGAUGCUGCACAGAAUGUGGGCAGCUCUAACUGCAUCACUUUGAUGGAGCGAACUGGCCCUACCAGGGAAGACCUGUACAUCAGCUGCACGAUGCCUUCGAUAGAAAUAGGAACUGUUGGGGGAGGCACCAACCUGCUCCCGCAGCAGGCCUGCUUGCAGAUGUUAGGGGUUCAAGGUGCAAGCCAAGAUAACCCUGGUGAAAAUGCCCGUCAGCUUGCUAAAAUUGUUUGUGCUACAGUGAUGGCAGGGGAGCUAUCACUAAUGGCAGCGCUUGCAGCUGGGCAUCUAGUCAAAAGCCACAUGAUCCACAACAGGUCAAAAAUAAAUCUACAAGAUCUUCAAGGAACCUGCACUAAGAAGGCGGCUUGAUUGCUAAAAUGGCUUUGAUAUGAAGAAUUAUUCUAGCAACUGACCAGUUGCACAGGGGAAAAAAAAACCAAAAUCUGUGAAGUUUAAAUGAAAAUCACCUUCAACUCAAUGAUAUCUGUGUAAGAUAAACCAAGAUCAAAGGACUUGUGUGGGAGUGCUUACACUUUUGACCUUCUUCAGCGGUUAGAGAUUACUUUAUGAAGGAAGUCCUCUCUUGAGGACUUGUCAGAUGUCUUGAACAUGGCUUUGGAAUUCUUACUCUCACACACCAUUUUCUAAAGGGUCAGUCUUAUGUUUUUACAGGUUGAGACUAUUUUGGUUAGUAAGGUCCUGGUGAUGAACAGGCUGAAAAGUGAUGAGAUGGCUUCAUACAUUUAAGAAAAAAAAAAAAAGUAAAAAAACAAAAAAAAAGUUGGACUAAACUUGGCUUGAAUGCACUGGUCCUUGCCAUCUUUGCCCUCUGGUUACACAAGCAUGUCUCCUAAAGUGAUAGCUAGCACCAUCACUUUCUGUGACCUCCCAGUUUUAAUUUUGUUCCCAUGUAAAACUUGGGUCUUAAGCUGUAAGGCAAUUUUAUCAAGUCAUAUUUGUUGUAUAGAAACCUGUCUGUACGUAGUACAUAAUUUGCAGCUGCUUUGGCUAAGCAGCAUUCAAUGUCUUAACUCCACAAUUUAGAUUAUUCCUUUACAGACAACUUGUGACCUAUAAAGUUCUGAACUGUGAAAUACGAUCUGUACUGAAGUAGGGAGAAACAGUAUCUUCAACUUUUUUGUCAUUUUGUUCAGGUAGAAGAAAUAGACUUUGAAACUGGUAAAUCCAAAACCAGUUAUGUGUCAGGCAGGUGUUCAAGCAAAUGCAGUUUCUCAGACUUGUUUUGAUAAGAGUGCAUUCAGACAGCAGGAGUCAAGAAGAGAUGUUUACACUUUUAAAAGAACUCUUGUAGGGUACAGUGUGUUUGUAUAUUCCUAAUUUUCUUUAAUUAUUUUAAGUGUUUGGCACUUAAUCUCCAGGAAUAGGUGUGUAUCCACUGCUUAAGCUGGUAAGAAAUGAAGCCAGAAAAUGACACUGUCCUUUAACACUAGGGGGAUUUUUUUUAAUGUUUUAUUUACAUUUAAACUUUCUUUCUGAUGUGGGGAUAUUUAUUUUAAGAAGAAAUCUUAUCCUAUUUUCAAUGAAAAGUACUAAUUAAGGGAAUUCAUUGGAAUGAUACAUUAAUGCAACAAGCUUUUUUUUUUUUUUUUGUAUUAAAAUACUGUACUUGGUCCAGUGAAGCAGUCUCAGAUGUUCUUAAUGGAAUACAGAAAACCCAGGUUUAUUCUUGUUUGUUUCCCCUUUGGGAAUAUUGCUAAACACAUUGCCCUGCCUAGUUAAUCACAGGAAGAAAAUUGUUAAUGUGCUUGAGGAAGGGGUCUUCUUGUUUGGUUGGUUGGUUUGGGGAUUUUUGUUUGGUUUGUGGGGAGCAAAUCAGUGUAUUGAACUGGGUUUCUUGCAGGAAUGCAGUGGCAUUCCUAAAGGGAGGACUAGCAGAGGUGCUCUUCUAAUGUGCAGAUUUGACAUAAAUCAUGAUAGCUUGCUUUGUAGUACAUCAGCACAUUAGUAUCAUUGUAAUGAGCUCAUAAAAGCUAACAUGCAAGCAUGAAGACAUACUACAUGCUAGAUACAUUAAGAUAGCAUGUAAAUAUCACGAAUGUUUUCUCUUCCUGCAGUAUUGUUGCUAAUAGCUACCAUUUUAUUUAUGGAAAGUUGAAACUACUUUGUUUCUAUGCUCAGCCAGUGAUCUUAUUUAAAUUAACACUGUUCUGGCAAUAAAUGGAGGUUCAGUGUUCAUUUUGGUGGAUUUUACAGACAUUCUGUCUUGCAGAAUUAACGUUUUGUAUUACUACUAAAUUGUGUACAUUUUGGUACAGAAAACACUUUUUCAGUUUCAGUAAAACAAUGGAAAACACGUUG